AUGGACAAAUCAGAUUAUAUGCCCCAAAAUGUCACUGCUUUUAAAGAAAAGCUUAAUGACAUCACUCUUGAUAUAAAUUAUACUCUUGUUAGUUUUGAUGUAAAUGCAUUGAUAUCUUCAAUCCCUUUCUUAGUACUUCAAAAAGAAGACUCUGGAAACGCUAACCACGUAGAAGACGACGACGACGAUGACGAAGAAGACAACCUAUUCUCCGCCAAAAACGGCGUUGAAAAAAACAUCUUCAGCUCCGCCACUGACGCCGUCAUCUCGAUGGUCAAAAGGGCCGCCCAAGUACUCGGCAACAAGGUGGACAAUCAAACAACCAACACCAACAAGUCAUUGUCCAAUGCCCUAGUCAAUACCUGCAGCUGCCCCAGACACCUGAUCAUCUGCAACAAUUGCACCGAAACGCUUCUCGGGCAAAUCUACGAGUUGCUCAGCUGCAAAUCGGAUACGAUCAGAAAGCUGAUCGGCCUGCCGCCGAUAUACAGGGCGUUGGCCGGAUCUGCCAGCUGCUCGAAGUUCGGCUACCGGAACAGUAACGGGCGCGAUGACAGUCGCUUGGAGGGUUUUUUUCCGGAGAAGUAUGUGGGGGCGAUGUGCAACGAGAUGGCGAUUUCGGAGCAGCAAGGGGUGCUGAACGUUAGCCAGCAUUUUCCGAAUAUUACUAGUGACCUGACCAAUGAUAAGAUCAUCAGCAUGGAUGUGAAGGAAGUUGUGGAUCUUCAAGGGAAACCGAACGAAACUGUCAUCGACGUUACCGAACAGCCAGGCAACACAACCAUCCACUCGGCCACCGUAGACACCUCGCAAAUAAAACCGACGAAAACCCUCACCGUCGACCCAAACACCACCACCACCCCUGUCCCCGAGGAUCUCGUGCCGGCCAACCCGGAAACGGCGCCCCCAAAUCCGGAAACGGCGCCCUUCUUCGACGCCGACCCGACGCCGGACGUCGACCUCUCCAACGAGACCAUGGAGACGGCGCUGGACGAGCAGAUGGAGAGCGUCGACAGUAGCACGGUGGUGGUGACCGCAUCGCCGCAAGCGCCCAAGGAGUCCAUCUUUUUGAGGUUAUCCAACAGGAUAAAGGCAUUGGAACGGAACGUGUCCCUCUCGAGCCAGUACUUAGAGGAGCUCAGCAAGCGCUACAAAAAACAAGUGGAAGAAAUGCAAAACCUAUCGGAAAAAACGAUCGCCGUCCUCCGCGAGGAAUCCCAAGAGCGACUGGAAAGCAAACAAAAACUGGAAGAACGUCUCGACCAACUCGCGGCCGCAGUGGACACCCUGGUGGCGGAAAGAAGAAGCUUCUUCCUUCUCGUCUAUUUCUUCUUGUUUGUCGGCAUCGUCGGCAGCGUUUAUUAUUUUUUUUGCGGAUCGACAGAAGGCGCUGUUCAGAUUUCUCGUCGCCUUUCUGACGAGGACACGCUGAGGAGGCCCAAGGAGAGGAAGAAACGCAGGCCGAGCGAUCAGGUGCUGAAGAUUGUGCGGUACUCUUCGGUGAAUGAGGAUGAGAGGAGCAGGAGAUCGAAGAAAAGAAAGAAGAAAGUGUCGAAACGUUCGCAUUCAGCGGGCAGUUUGAAACUGAAAAACGACGACGAUUGGGUGACGGGCACGCAACAGGUGAUCGAAGACCACGCGCCGUUCGUAUUGGACGAGAGCGAUCACGUGAUCAGCGAGCCGCUGAAUCUGCCUGAGCAGGAGGAGCAGGAGGAGGACCGCGAUUCUGCGCAGAGGGUGCAGAUUGUCAUCGAGGAGAAUCGCCAUGAAGGGGUGGAAACGAACUCGACUUGUAGGAGUCCCUCCAAUGGGGUGGAGGGGGUCAAGAAGGAGAAGCGGGGGUUGAAGAGGUUUUUGAAGAAAGUGUUCUGA